GCGUCGUGUUGUCUCCAGCUGGGCUUAGUUUAUUCACUACACCCACUAUUGCUUCAUGCGUGCGUUUCUUUACAUGUCCGCUUUUGAUUUUACACGGUUCCAGUCGAUGGGGUUUGGCGGUGACUGUGUAUAACAGCUUAGAGAGGCACAGUAGCUGCGGGAUUUCUUUUUUCCUUUUUCUUACAACAACGUUAAACAGGAAACAUUGUUCCCCCUUUUUAAGUUUUCUUUCGUUGUUUUGCAUCUAAACUAUAUUAGUUGGAGUAUUUGGAAGCGGAACGCACUUGGUGGUACAGUAUGAUGCCAGGAGGUUGUCAUUGAACUAAUGUGAUGAUGACUACAGGCUGGGACCUUUCAGAAACUUCACUAAAGCUUCAUUUAAGAGAGUUUUAAAAGGAAAACGAAAGAUUAAAAGCUGCCCGGGCUUUUGCUUUGCAGCAUGUUAUUUACAAGAAGUGGACAUAAUUCAGCUUCAAAUAGUUUUGAACUCCUCCAUGUCUUUAUAUGCUUCUAAUGGAAGAAAAAGCAACCUUUGGGCCUGCAAUGGUAUCCAGACUGCCCAAGUUUAGUGGACGUCCCUCAAAUGGUGGCACGGCUCCCCUCUGCAAUGGUUUUGCACAGCCAACCACAACUACCCAGGAUGGAAAAACAACCUCCUCUGGAAUAAGCCAUAAUGGUGUGAUCCGCCCCUCCCCAUUUUCCCUGAAAUGCAAGCGAGACGAAGAAAAGAUUUCAUCUAGUUCCACCACGCCCAUCAGUCCUGGGGAUGAACAUGAAGACAAGGCUCAAUCACAGCGUUCCUCACUGGCCAAGGAGGUAAAGAUCAGCUCUCCAGCAACCCCUAAGAUGCACAAGUCAGGUUCUUUAAUUGUGGCUGUCUCUAGCCCCAAAGCUAUCCCCAAACAAACCUCAAAGAUGGGUCCAAGAAUUGGAGCCAAACCAGGCCAAAGCCCACUCAGCGGACUUUCUAAAAUAGGCCAUAACGGCCUUUGUUUUCCUGCUCGGACAGGGUCAGAGUCUCGCCUUGUUCGACCCAUGUUAGGCUCUAGUGCUCCCAGAAGCAUCUCCCAAGACGGCUUAUCGCAGUCCAGUGACAGCCUGAAAAAUUUGACCCUGGACAACAUGGUGCGUUCAAACAGCUUCACUCAUUUCAAGCAAAUUCCCUCACCCACUGGCGAGCCUAUUACACGGUCUUUCUCCUUUAACCGGGCUGUAGAGCUAGCUAAGCCACUGGCCAACACUCAGCUCCGACCCCCUCGUAGUGGUUUGCUCAAACCGCCUCAGCUGAACAAUGGAAGAGUGGCUUUAGGACUCAAUGGAAACCUUGGAAGUUCUGGUUACCUAGGUGGAGGACAUGGUGGAUUUCAGUAUAACAGAACUCCUCAAGCUCCCUCUUCUCUGCCCAAUCCCUCAAUUCCUUUUGCAGCCGGUACGCCCCGAGCUCUGAAGAAGCCUCUUCUCCCUAGCUCUAUGCUGACAAAACCAAUCAGCAAUGGAGGGUCUUUUGGUUUCAAACUCUCUCCAUCUGGACAGGCCAAGCAGCAGAAGCCUCUUCUUCCAGAUAGGGUGAAAGAGGAUGUCAGAUCUUCACCUGCCUCUGAGAGUGAAGGGCUUUUAGAGACAGCAAUAGAUAUUGAUUCAAAGUGUGAUGCUGAGAAAGCAUACUCUCACAGUGACAGUGAUGGAAGCUCUGGAAAUGGAGUUGGAAAUGGAGGAGAAAGUGGCUUACGUAGGCAGGGAUCUGAUCAAGCUGCAGGCGAGACCCUGGAGGACAUGUCCUUAUCUUCUGCCUCAUCACUAGACAAAGGUGACACUAGUGAAGAGUUUGCAGAUGAUGUGGAUUGUGUGGAAGAUGUUUUCAGUGAUGGGGAAGUGCCUGACAACAGGAAAUCUGAAAGCACAACUCAAACCCCCUUACACAGUUUUCUCAAGGAGACUGUUGACUGGGAGUGUGGGAAUCUGCCUGGACAUACACAAAGAAGCCCUAUGCAGGACUCUCAAGGAUCAUUGGUGCUUUCUCCAGACCAAGGUGAUGCCCCCCAGGCUUCCUCUGUUGAGCUGUCACCCUCCAAUAGCUCUGGUGGAACCUACAUGUGGGAUGAAGAGGGCCUUGAGCCUCUGGGGGAUCACAGGACACAUCCAUUAGACAGCUAUGAUGACUCAGAGGUCAACAGCAUGGAUAUUCUUAAUAACCUGGACCCUCUGGGAACGGGAGAUUUAGAUGAUGAUGACCUCAUGCUGGAUGUGGACCUCCCAGAGGAUGGCUUGCCUGGCUUUGACAGAAUGUCUCACAAUGAGCGGACCAGUCGGCAGGGGCAGCGGCGUAAACAGCACCGCUGGAGUGGGCCAGAUCAUUUCCACAGUGAUAGGGCUCAUGUCUUCCAGCAUUACGAUGGCCUCAAAGCUUCAAGGAUUUCCUCACGGCCGGUCCAGGAAGGCAGGAAGCACGACUACAGACCCGGGCUGGAUGAACUCGCACUUGAACACAUGACUCAAGACUGCAGCUUGUUGACAAAUCAGUUACUUAGGCUCAAGACGUUACUACAGCUUGAGGAAACAGACGCUGCAGCAAAUGUUUCUGAGGAGACGGAAGACAACACCACUCUCUCACAGGUGGAAACGCUGUUUAAAGAAGUGCAGGUGCUUAAGGAAGAACUGAGGAGUCGAGACAAGACGAUUGCUCAGCUCACUUUGCAGUGUCAACAGCUACAAAAACAACAUCAGCGAGAACAAACGUCUCAUCAUGGAGGCGUCAGGUGUCAGUGCCACCACCAGGGGGCUCCCUCUUCAACACGACUGGGGGACAAGCAGAUGGACAGACGGUUGCAGCAUCACUACGACAAGGCUACCCAGACAUACUGGAGACCACCAAGCAGUUGUCCUCAAGUACUACAGCCUUUCAACUCCUGUCUCAGCGAGCACCCCCACCAGGGAAGACCAGUAAAAACUCCCCCCACCGAGGACCACAGUGAGCUCACGAGGAGUAAAUCAAAGCAACCGGCUCGUAUUAAUGAUGACCGUCCUCCUGAAGCUCUUACGGCAGAUGUGUCUUGGGUAGCAGGCCCUGACAAGCUGAGUCAUCUACGCAGCACCAGCCUGCACCGCCCGCGUUCCAGCUCUCUACAGGGGAUAACUGCCAAAGACAGUGGAGCGUCAGCAUCACAGUCCGCAGCGCAGCGUGUGGGGCGAGCCCCUGCUGGGAUACUGCACGACUCCGUCACUCCGAGACCUGCAAGUGCAACCUGUCCUCGCAUGCUGCAGCCUCCUCGCCUUCACCACCGCGCAUCUCUGCCUACACCCAAGCAAGGGCUCACUGCAGGUUUUUCUUUUCUGAAGCCACUUUGUUCCUCUGGGCCUUCAGCGAACCAGACCAAACAGCUGCCACCUCCAUCUCGAGGCCUUCCCUGUUUCAACGCCGGACCCCAGGUGCAGGCUCAAAAACCGUGUCGAUCCUCACUCCUUCAGCCUCUGAGAACAUCACAGCCCAGCAGGGGUCCGCAGAGCUCCCUGGAGGAGCCUACCCAGGGGGAAUCAAAGACCCCGGGUCAGCCCAAAUUCUGAUCCCUUCGAGUCACUCGUGUGUCACAAAGCCAAAGAUUCCCUGAGGAGCUCCAAUCCACCCAUCAAAACUUUAAGCUGGAAUCACUUUGUCAUUGACAUUCAUUCUCUUCACCUCCUAGCCAUAAUAACUGUGGGAUUGACUUAACUUUUGAGUGUCAAAAGAACAAACCUGAGCUCAUUAUCUAAUAUUGAACAUUCAGGGAUUGCUUCUCAGUGAGAUUGGUUUCACGAGGGCUGUAUAGUAUUAUGUCAGAAUUGGCUACCACAAUUUGUACACAGUUACAGUAAUUUUAGCGGAUCUGUCUGACCAACAGACCACAGUAAUAUAUGAUAGACUUCCGAGUGAGGGAUAUGAUAUAGGAGAAGCCAAAUUUAAGUUUUGCACAAGUAUGUGAAUGCUGCAGAUGGAAGAAAAUUAGUUACUACGCAAAGAAGUAGUUAUCUUUCGUAGUACCCUGAUGACUGAUGUCACGUCUAAGAUCACUUGUCCUCAAACAGCUGUGACCUCUGACACACGAGUACAUUAGCUUUCAAGCGUGAUUGUGACCUCUGCCGUGUAAUAUCAGGCCCAGGAGGGGAAGAAAGUGAGAAAGAAAUGGGGGGAAAUAAAAUGGUGGCGAGGAACUGAAAAGGUAAUUCGUAAAUAUUCUCUGGAGCUUUCCACUUCCGGCAUGAAAAUAUGUGCAAGUGUAAAUAUUUGUGUGUGUGUAUCUUUUGUGUGAAUGUACAAAAUUAAGAUGCACAGUGCAGUAUAAAGGAGCAAAGAAGAAAAGCACUUCACACUGUACAUAUAACACUUCAGAUGAGCUCUCUCCACCAGGUGUGGACAUGCGAACCCUGCACGUAUAAACAAAAGAUUCAAGAUUCUUUAUUGUCAUUGUUCAUAUUUCAUAACAACGAAAGUACAGUCCCCAACCUACAGUAUACACUGGUGGUGGGGAUCUAAAUUCAUAACAACACACUCAAACACUUACCAAUGCGAGGGUACAAUGGAAACUUUUCUAUGUUUAAAUAUUUAGAAAAUGCUGAGUUUAUUAUUUUUGGGUUACUUUGUGGCCUUUUUUUAAAAUUGCUAUGAAGAGCACAAAAAAGAAUAAGAGGAGACGACAUGCUAGUUUUCUUUUUCCUUUUUUUUUAUAUCCAAGUCAUUAAAUUCCUAACUAAGGGGCAAACACAACACAAAAAAGCUGUUGAUUUUGCAAUUUGAAGGCGAUGUAGUACAUAAAAGCUAUUCUUGGGUGUCCUUGUGUGUUUAUAAAGUAAGAAAUUACAAGGGAACCCCAUUAUUUCCAUCCUUCAACGGUCACAAAUGAUGUCUCUGAGCAAGCCACGUAUGGGCUACAUCUUAAGGAGAUUAUGCUUCACACCAUGGCAACCUGGAAAUCAGAAUCAUUCGAUCUUAAAGGUGUGGGGAAAAAAGCGUACAGCAGAGAGUGAGAUUCAAUAAAACUAGACAUUUCCUAACCACAUCUUCCUCCUUUUUAUACAGCUCCCCUAAAAUAUGGAUCAUGCAGCUUAUUUUUAAGUUACCUGGGUAAAAUCAGGUCAAAUUCAUUUUGCAAUUCCUCAGUUCUUUCUUCAGUUACAUAAAUUGCAUAUCUGGUAACAAGCACUUACUCUUUAUAGAAAAUAAAUCAAACAAAGCUGAUUGGUUUGCUUGUACAUUGAAUAUAAUGACUUAAAAAAAGAACAUAAUUUCCAUUUUCAACUUCCUUUUCCUGACUGGCCCCAGAUGGCUAACCCCCACACCCACCCACCCCACUUUCUGGGAAGAAUAGACGAUGCUUCUCUCUACAGUAGUUUCUAAAUGGACAUCUGGAGACGUUGAUGUGCUCCUACUGGUCGCCCUUCUCACUCACUGAAGUCCCUAAGAAAUCCAUAGAGGCAAAUUUAAUGAGAUUUGUCCUGUUUUUGUAUUUAAUUUUUGUAUGAUCCAUAUUUUUAUAUUUAAUUUCUAUGUAAUCUAUUGUGUUUUAUUUCGUAAACUAUGCACAACAUUGUGGCCCAAAAAUGACUAGCUAGUAUUUUUGUACGUUGUGUCAAUGGUAUUUGAGAGUAUAUUUCCUGAGAAACUAUUUAAAAACGGACACAAGUCAUCCUCCCUUUAUGGAUGUGUACCAGUUUACCAUCCAAAGAUAUAUUUAUUUAUUCAUAUAGUAUUAUUUAAAAUAUUUCCACCAAUAGUCAUGCGUGCUGGUAGCUGAUCAAGCCACUUGAGCGAACAGUUUAAAAUGGACUGUGCUGCUUGGUGAGGGCUAUGUCUCCCUACAUUCUGUCUUACAGGAAACAUCCACGUAUAUAUAAGCAAAUAUGGCACUGUGCAAGUUGUUCAUGAGGACUUGGAAAGCUACAAACACUGAAACAACUUGUGUUUGAAUCAGCUAAAACAGCUGAUGAAUAAAUGAUUGUGCACACUUUGAACAUGUGCAUUCAAAUCUUUAAAAAACAGUUCCCUUUUUACACCUUUACGCCAAUACAAAGAAACUAGUUGGAAAAACAACACUAAGGAAAGAAUCCGAAAAACAAGUAUGCUGCCUCAUUUAGGAUGACAUGAUGGGAGAAAGCGAGCAAGUCAAACUUAGUCUAUGAAAAGUUACACUUAAAGAAAUAUAGGAGUGUAGUUAGAAAACUUGUGUUGAAGAGGUAUUCUUACGUUGCACACAGUCUUCAUGAACUGACUUCUCCCUUCAUCACCCACACAUAGAAACAGCUAACAGGAAUUCAUUAAACUGGUGAAGCUGCUGCCUCGUGUUAAUGUGUGCGUUACUUUGAUAUUGUUUUUUUUUUCAGUUUUUUUUCCCCCUGCUGUUCUUUCUCUCACUCACUUGCAUGUCUCUUUGGAAAGAUCAAAGGUGUUAGCGUAAUAUUUUCAGGUAUGGAGCCUUUGGGGCUUUAGUGGCCUCUCUGUGGGAGUUUCGAAGAAUUGUGUUUAUCGCUCCUUUGCGGAGUCAUUUUGCAGUCAAACGCCCCCGAAAUGUCCCUGAAUGGGGAGCAGCAGUGUGUUAAAAAGGCCUUCUGACAGCGACUCUGCUCACUUUUCUCUGACGCCGCGUGACCGCUUGCUGUACGCCUCUGGCCACGUCCGGUCUGCUGCAUGCAAUAAUGCACCCUACGUAGACAAAGUGAGGCAGACGCACACGCACAUCCAGCCAUGCAAGCUAUGUAGAAGCAGAUGUGCAGGAACUCUGACAGAACUCAAAGAGACACGAAACGAAGGGGAAACGCACAGAGGUUCGCACAUUUCCAGCUGUCACAGAGAUGCACCUACAUAAACACACAGACUUAGAAUUUCUAUGCAAAAUUCAUGAAGGUAUGUUUGUGUUGUUUCAUUCGCUCUUACAAAACGAGCUCUGCUGCCGGUGAAAAGGACGUACAUCUCCUGUUUGCCCUGGAAAUGGGUAGAGGCUUGUUUGUAUUUGCGAGCGAGUAUCCUCAUGGCUGAUAAAACACGUUUACCUGUUGGACGGCUCGACAUUGUGCCAAACCAGCCAAGCAGUCCAAGCUGCUCAGUGAAGCCAAGAAAAGCUCAUUUCUUUUAAUGAAAAUGGAAAUGGAGACAGGAAGAGCACACAGAGGAUGAGAAGGAUGCACAGCAAGGGACAACAAAGUGGAGCAGGAGGAAUGAGCUGAAGACAAGUGAUGAAAUAAUGAAAGCGGCAUUGAUCAAGAUAAGUUGUUUUUGGCAGACUUUGACAAACGUCUAAAAAAUGUUGCAAAGCUGUUUAUGUAAGACGAGCAGAAGAGAGAAUCCACCGAGUGUUUGCUUGCUCGCGUAGUGGUCCAGAGAGUAGCCCGAACCCCUCACCUGUGUCACUCAAUGAUGUUCAUUGUGUGUCCAUUGUGUGCACAUGUGUGUCUCCAGACAGCUUUGGCUGCCGGUCUUUCCUCUGCUAAGUGUGUGCGUUUGUGUGUGACAGGAUGAUGUGUGAGCACAGAGCAAAACCGGAGGCAGAUCCAUGCCAGGAAAACACAGGGCACUGUCACUCUGCUCUCCCUGUGCUGUAUUCCCCAUUUCCAAAUCAAUAUCCCUGCUCAAUUCAGCAGUCAAGCCAAUCGGUCGAGCUAACUUUGCUCUAACAAAACCACAACUGGGUUGGAAACUCUCUGCAGCAUCACGGAUCAAUUCCAAUGCAGGGUAUCGGUCUCACUUGAUUUUGCACAUAGACCUGUGUUACACAGAGGAAAAUAGUUCCACACUGAGUGGACAUCUUAAACGAGCAAAAACAAGACACAGGACAUUUUUAUUGUGCUGUUUUGUUUAAUUUAACUAGUGCUGCACCAUUCUUGGUGCCUGAUGCUACAGUGGCUACACUGGAGCGAUACAGUAGAGAGAAAGCAGAACAGUGAAGAAAGUUAGUCAAAAUUCAGUUUCUCCAUAUUACAAAUAAAUCAAAUAACUGGAUGUAAAAGCAGUAAUUAAAAAUAAAUGAAAAGAAGAGGACAUGUUGGACUUUCAAGCACGACUUGAGACAAAAAUCUACAAAAUGUUAACUGUGCUUUGAGCUCAUGGUUUCUCUAUAAAAGAUUUUGUGAUGUCAACAUAAUGCUGAUUACAUUUUUUUUCCACUGCCCUCAAUGUGCCCCCAAAAAAACGAUGAAAGUAAAUUGAUUUUCACAAUUUUCUGGAGUAGUUCUGGAGUAUUUUCAAUAGCAGAUGUAGCAAUACUACUCAUACACCAAUAUCAAAUUCACUUAGAGGGUUUUGGGGUUGUUUUUUUUGCUUGCCAUGUUCCACACACUUACAGAAUUACCAACUAGAAGCUUGCAGCGUUAGAUGAAGCAUCAUAUCAUAACUGUUCAUAUUUCUUCCUAUCCAAGGUUGCAGUACAUAAUGUCAAAUGUCAGCUUUUAUAAACAUUUACUCCAAAACACUGUGCAAUAUUGUGUGAAAAAAACAACAUAAGGGGAUGUUACACUAUAUAUUUAGGUAACCUCUUUGCAAAUGAGAAAGCAAAUAUGGCUUUUUACAGAUUCUGAUCUGAGACACUUUAAAUGGUUUUUUGUCGUACGUGAAUGAAAAUUGGAUUUAGAAGCCAUUUGGAGUUUGUCUGGAUAUACAUAAUCUAUUUUGAUUUCUUUGGAGCUUUGUCAGCUUUUGGUCCCACUGCUUCCGUAUUAUAAACACAUCUCCGUUUCUGUAGGGGCCGACUGUGAUAAUCAGGAAGAUGAAGCAGUAGCAUAAGUAAAAGGUCACAUGGAAGCUCAGUAGUCCUUAUGCACAACAAAGAAAUUCUGCUGAUUGCAGCCCGAGAUGAAAGAGAAGCAUCAUUCUCAUUUUCUUCUGCUCUUUCUUGUCCGUCACUUGUAUCACUGGAAAUAAAGUAUGAUUGUGAAAUUCA